GAUUCAAAUCCUGAAGAAGAAGGUGUGGAGCAUUUGUCCCUGGGUGCAGAGAACAGCUCGUACCCAGAAAAGUUCAAGACAGCGGAGCAAUGAGGUGUGGCCUGGCAGACGGAGCCAGGCCAUCAGAUUGUAGAGCCUGUUAUCCUUACCCCAGCACGUGCAUGGCCCUGAGCACAAGGGCUUAGGUGACACUCAGCUGGCUGUGCAUACCCACCGUGGAGAUUGGGCAGUGAGCAUGUCCCACAUCCUAGGGACUAUGACUUGAACUAAAUGGCCCUUUUUUCCCUAAAAAUUCUGGGUCGGUCCUACUUACCUUCUGCCCCAAAAGUACAGACACACCUGGAGUUUUCUCGCUGCAGGUCUGACCCACCCUCAGUGGGACACAGACACCCCCUCCAUCUCUUGCUCUCAGCCCUGCCUGAGCCCUGACCACCAGCCCCUGCAAUCUACACCCAGAGUCUGCUCCUCCCCUAAAUUCCUGGGCACUUCCUGGCCUGGACAGCACCCCCAGCUUCUCUGAAACCCAUUCUGGCUGGUAGUGCCAUUUACACCUUCCUCCCUGUGGUCCUCUGACCCCGAUGGUGGGUUCUUGCUGUGAUUCCACUGAGGCACCCACUGCCAUUUUUGGCGACCGACAUCCAUAGAAAUGAGUCUGCCCAAGUCUUGGCCUCGCUGUCCGCAGGAGCCCCUUCUGACCAGUCCACGAGCACUCAUCUUUCAUUUCCAGUAGCAGGACCUUCACGAUUUCCUCUGGGCAUCCAUGCUGUGGUUGCUGCCUCCAGCUUUCCACCCACCUGCCCAAUUCACCCUCUUCUGAUUCGCCUAAAAUCCUUGAACCAGGGCUGUCUCCUCGCGCCGACUGGCCACGACGGCAGGCUGUCGUCCUCACUGCUCUGGCACUGCGGACCGAGAACCCAACCCUUAGUGCUCGGGUCACACCCAUCCGCCUCGAUCCUGUGCGGAGGCCUCGCUGGGUGGGCUGGUACCGCGCUUGCGCGGCAGCGCAAGGGCCGACGGGACCGGAAGUGCGGGCGGGCGCUGUGCAGAGCUUGCGAAGAGGGGUGGGCCGGGCCGGCGGCCUUGGCUGGUUGUCGGAGCGUGGUCCUGGAGCCGUUCCUCCAUGGGCCUCCUGUCGGACCCCGCGCGUCGGCGCGCACUCGUCCGCCUCAUUCUGCGCCUCAACGCACCGCUCUGCGUGCUGAGCUAUGUGGCGGGCAUCGCCUGGUUCCUGGCGCUGGCCUUCCCGCCACUGACCCAGCGCACGUACAUGUCGGAGAACGCCAUGGGCUCCACCAUGGUAGAGGAGCAGUUUGCGGGUGGAGACCGGGCCCGGAGCUUUGCCCGGGACUUUGCUGCUCACCGCAGGAAGUCGGGGGCCCUGCCAGUGGUGUGGCUGGAGCGGACUAUGCGGUCAGUGGGACUGGAAGUCUACACGCAGAGUUUCUCCCGUAAACUGCCCUUUCCAGAUGAGAUCCACGAGCGCUAUAUGGUUUCAGGCACCAACGUGUAUGGCAUCUUGCGGGCCCCACGCGCUGCUAGCACCGAGUCUCUGGUGCUCACCGUACCCUGUGGCCCUGAGUCUACCAACAGCCAGGCUGUGGGGCUGCUGCUGGCACUGGCUGCCCACUUUCGGGGGCAGAUUUACUGGGCCAAAGACAUCAUCUUCCUGGUGACAGAACACGACCUUCUGGGCACAGAGGCUUGGCUCGAAGCCUACCACGACAUCAAUGUCACUGGCAUGCAGUCAUCCCCUCUGCAGGGCCGGGCUGGGGCCAUCCAGGCAGCUGUGGCCCUGGAGCUGAGCAGCGAUGUGGUCACUAGCCUUGAUGUGGCUGUGGAGGGACUCAAUGGGCAGCUGCCCAACCUUGACCUGCUCAACCUCUUCCAGACCUUCUGCCAGAGAGGGGGGCUGCUGUGCACACUGCAGGGCAAGUUGCAGCCCCAGGAAUGGACAUCGGUAGACGGGCCACUGCAGGGUCUGCAGACGCUGCUGCUCAUGGUUCUGCAGCAGGCCUCUGGCCGCCCCCACGGUCCCCAUGGCCUCUUCCUGCGCUAUCGCGUGGAGGCUCUAACCCUACGUGGCAUCAACAGCUUCCGCCAGUAUAAGUAUGACCUGGUGGCCGUAGGCAAGGCUCUGGAGGGCAUGUUCCGCAAGCUCAACCACCUCCUGGAGCGUCUGCACCAGUCCUUCUUCUUCUACCUGCUCCCCGCCCUCUCCCGCUUUGUCUCCAUCGGCCUUUACAUGCCUGCUGCUGGCUUCUUGCUCCUGGUCCUUGGUCUCAAGGCCCUGGAACUGUGGAUGCAGCUGCACGAGGCCGGAGUGGGCCCUAAGGACGCUGGGGCGGCAUUUGGGCCUAGUCCUCCCCUACCCCCAGCACAGGGUAUAGGGCUGGCUUCCCUUGUGGCACCCUUGCUGAUCUCACAGGCCAUGGGCCUGGCCCUCUAUGUCCUACCUGUGCUGGGCCAGCAUGUGGCCACCCAGCACUUUCCUGUGGCCGAGGCUGAGGCUGUGGUGCUGACGUUGCUGGCCAUCUAUGUCGCUGGCCUGGCCCUCCCACACAACACCCACCGUGUGGUGAGCACAGAGGCCCCAGACAGGGGCUGGGUGGCACUGAAGCUGGUGGCCCUGAUCUACCUGGCACUACAGCUGGCCUGCAUCACCCUCACCAACUUCUCACUGGGCUUCCUGCUGGCUGCUACCAUGGUGCCCGCUGCCGUGCUCACUAAGCCCCAUGGCCCCCGGCCGAUCUAUGCUGCCCUGCUGGUGCUGACGAGUCCAGCAGCCACACUGCUGGGCAGCCUGUUCCUGUGGCGGGAGCUGCAGGAGGUGCCACUGUCACUGGCUGAGGGCUGGCAGCUCUUCCUGGCGGCGCUGGCACAGGGCGUGCUGGAACACCACACCUAUGGCGCCCUGCUCUUUCCACUGCUGGCUCUGGGCCUCUACCCCUGCUGGUUGCUCUUCUGGAAUGUUCUCUUCUGGAAGUGACAAUAGCUUGCCCUGUGGCAUGCAGACUGCAGUGGGAACUCCCCACCCUCAUAUUCUCCUUCCUAGGAAAUAAACCAGUAUUUUGUCUCA